UUUUAUAAUCACUGGAAUAAUUGUUUCACAAGUUGUCCACCUCCCUCGGCACCUAAAGGAUGUGCAUGGCUGGCCAAAGGAACGUGCGAGAACGGCUUUAACGCGAUUCGGUACGAGAAAAAAAGGACACGUUCACAAGCCCAGGAAAAGCACCUAAAAAGAAAAAAAAGACAGAAAAGAUAGAUGACACUGAUGACAAAGUUCAGGCAGAUUCAAAGCCAAAAGAUUAUCAUCAUUAUCGCUAUUGCCCGGUUGAUGGGUGUACUUCCUUGGUUAAGAGAAUUACACCUCACUUAAAGAAGGUACACAACUUGAAGGCAGGCUCUGAUGCCUACAUCAGAGAAUUGUCAAGAGUACAAGGGCCGAUAAAAGAAUCACACAUGGCUCCAUAUCAUAAACGACCAAGAAUGUCUGACCCGGAAGUGGUGGUCAUCAAUGACGAAGACGAUGAAGAAACACUGGCUGAAGAGGUGGGAAAUGUUGAUGGCUCAGUUGAUUCAGAGGCAACCAUACCACCAGCUAUUAUCAAAUUCGAAGCCUGGCUUCAGUCGGCCGAUGGAGGGAACCUAGACAAGAUUACAUGUAAGAAGCAUCGAGUCCAGAUUUUUAAGAUUCUGAGAGUGAUUGACAGCAACCAAGAUUUGGCUUGUCUAUUGAAUGAAAGAAUCAUCAAUGAAAAAUUCAUAGAAGGCUUUGCAAAGAAAGAGUACCAUCCGAAAACUACCAAAUCGUAUCUGAUGAGCCUUCGCUAUUUUUACUCUUUUUGCUUAAGUGAAGCCACUGGCAUUGAAAUCUCUAAAGAGAAACUCCUUUCUUUAAAAGAGAAGCUCGCAAGAUGGUCUACAUCAUUCCGCAAAGGGUGUGAUAAACGGCACUGGGAGAAGAUGGACGAGGACCUCCAUUCCUUAAUCUCUCCUGAACAAAUUGCAGAAUUUGAGAGAAGUGAAGCCUCUAGAGCCGCCAUAUGCCUCUUGGGUCAGUUGUCAGGUGCGCAUUCAAUAGAGAUUACCCAAACCCAGUACACUCUUAUUAGAGAUUUUUUGAUGGUUGAGAUAUCAGUAGACAAUGCCAACAGAGCUGGUGUCAUUGCAAAUAUGCUUUUGGAAGAAUUCAACAGAGCAUCAAAACAUGAUGACGAAAAUGUCAUCCUUGUUAAGGCCAGUAAAACAGUCGCAACCCAUGGUCCAGCCAGAAUUGUUAUGAGCCCAAAAUUGCAUAGCUGGAUGAACAUAUUCGUCCGAGAAGUACGUUCCAGAGUUCCUGGUGUUUCUAGCAACUCUAGCAAAAAGGUUUUGUAUCGUGGAACGGAGAAGACCUGAAAUCCAGUCAAGUGAACAAGGCCAUAAAAUCUUUCUGGAAGAAAGCGGGAAUGACGGGAAGUCCUUCUUCCACUCUGUUCAGAAAGUCAGCUGUGUUGAAAGUUCACAACACCAGCCAAGGUGAAGAAGCGCUUGGACAUCUUGCCGAUUUGAUGGCCCACAAUAUUGACAUAGCGCGCAAGUUUUACCGUUUACAGGAGAAGUCUAAAUCAUCGGUUAAAGCCUCGCAGCAGCUACGUAAUGUCAUGCGUGGGCAAGUUCAGGAAACCUUUGAUCAGCAGAAAAAAGAUUGUCAAAGCAACCCCAGCCUACCAGCUUCAGAAGAUUGUGCGUCUAACUUGAAUUCAAAAGUUUCUUGGAGUGCCGGUAUGGAGGCAUUAAUAAAGAGUGUUUUCAAAGAUGAAAUCGAGAAAGAAGCUGUUUCCGUAGAAGACGUGAGGUCCAAAAUUUCCAACCAUCCACAACUGGAGAAUGAAGACCCAAAAAGAGUAUUGGACAAAAUAAGGUCACAGUGGCGAUUCAGAAAGCUUCCAUCGAUUUCCACAGAACGACCUGCAAGUCCACCCUCUGAAGUGGAAACCCUUGAGCAACGUAUAGUGAGAGGACUGCCUGAUGUGGGUGGAAGUUCAAGUGAUAUCAUACCACCCACUGUAGGAAGUAGUGUCAGGAAUGUAUUUUCAGACGGUGACGUAGAGAAAAUUCGAGUUAAAUUCGCCGACAUGAUUAAAAAGUCAUUUCCGAUUGUGAAGAAAACAAUAAAGGAAGCCCUCGAAAAGGACGCCUGGGGAAAACAGCUGAUCAAGAAAGUGUCCGUGGAUACGAUUGUAAAUCGAAUUAAAUAUGAAAGGCGCAUUCACAGGAAAUAA